GAGAUGAUAUAAAUAGAGAUGAUAGAGAUAAAGACACUGAUGUAAAGAAUUGUCAUUUUGGUUGUUCCUUGUCUUCAGAAGCUGCUGCAGCACAUGGAGGAGAGGCUGGUUGGCUGUUUGUCUCUUCGCUGCUCCAUCGGUGUCCACAGAGACAUCAGAGAUGCUCAGAGACACAUGAUCGACAGCGUCCGUCCUCUGCUGUCCCCGUCCGUCCACGAGCAGCUCUCCGCUCCCUCAGCCUCCUUCGACUUGAGCUACGCCCUCGGCCUCGUGGCCCUGUGUGCAGACUUCCAGGAGAACAUAGAGUUCCAGUUCUCUCUGGGCUGGACGGCGCUCGUCUCUCGCUUCAUCGGAGCCUCCAACGCCAAGCGGGCGCUGAGCGGCCCCGGCCCCCGACUGCAGGAGAGCUCCACCUUCAAGGACCAGAUGGUGGUUUACAUAGCGACGGGUCUGGUGUCCGUCACCUCCAGAGCGUCCAUGACGGUGCUGGUGAUCGGUGGAGUG